GCUCCGCGCCGCCCGUGGGCGAGAUCGCCAAGGUCGGCGUCGUGGGCAUGGGCCUCAUGGGCCACGGCAUCGCUCAGAUCUCCGCCGCCGCGGGCACGGCCGUCAUCGGCGUGGACCUCAACGCCGAGGUGCUCGCCAGCGGCCGCAGGGCCAUCGAGACGAGCGUCGGGAAGCUCAACGCGCGCAAGGCGAAGAAGGACCCGGCCUUCGACGCCGACGCGGCCGUCGCGGCGACGCUGGCGAACCUCUCGUACGCGGACAGCGUCGACGCGCUCGCCGACUGCGACCUCGUCGUCGAGGCCAUCGUCGAGGACGCGGGCGUCAAGGCGAAGUUCUACGCGGACCUCGGCGGCCGCAUCAAGCCCGGCGCCAUCUUCGCGAGCAACACGAGCUCGCUCAAGGUCACGCCGAUGGCGGUCGCGAGCGGGCGGCCGGACCGCUUCGUCGGCCUGCACUACUUCAACCCCGUGCAGCUCAUGCGCCUCGUCGAGGUCGUCAAGACGGACCACACGGACCCGGCGGUCUUCGACCUCGUCGACGGCUGGGCCCGGGCGACGGGCAAGACGACGGUCUCGUGCAUCGACACGCCCGGCUUCAUCGUCAACCGCCUGCUCAUCCCGAACAUCUCCGCGGCGCUGGCCAUGGUCGAGCGCGGCGACGCGACGGUCGCCGACGUCGACGCGGCCAUGAUGCUCGGCGCGGGCCACCCCAUGGGGCCCAUCCAGCUCGCGGACUACGUCGGCCUCGACACGUGCCACUCGAUCCUCGCCGGCUGGGCCGCGGACUACCCGGAGGAGCAGGCCUUCGCCGUGCCGCCGAGCCUCGCCAAGAAGGUCGCCGAGAACAAGCUCGGCCGCAAGAACGGCGAGGGCUACUACGUCUGGGCCGACGGGCCCGCGUCGACGAAGCCCACGGGCGUCUCCGCGGACCCGCUCAUCGACGAGCGCGUCGCCGCGGCGGCCUAGGCCGGGGGCGCCGAGGCGGCCGCGGCAUAGAGGCAUAGAGGCGGCUUGU